GGUUAGUGAUUUGAUAACUGUUUGUGAAUUAUGUGGUGGUUAUGGUUAUAAAAAAGAAAUAUAUAAUAAUGAAUUUAUGGAGGUAAAUAAAUCAGACCGGGAUACUAAUGAUAAAAAUGAAUGGGUAAGCUUCUGUGAUUCUGAAUCAGAAGCUAGAACAGAUUGU